UAAAAGCAGACAAACCUGGAAUUGAGCGCCAGAAUAAAGCGUCAGUGAGUUUGCCGCUCGUUGCAGGAUGCUGGCGUACACACGUCCAUACAUCGCUGUUGCGACACUCUAGGCCGUCAAUAAAAUAUACUCGACAGUCAACACGAAAAGGUUCAGACAUUUUUCAUAGUGCACGUUUGAGGUAUGGAUUUUAAUGUCAAAACAAUAAUUUAUCUUUAUAUUUAUUUUUCUAUUUUUCUGUCCACCUCUUCUUGGCUCUUUCAACGCAUUUGGGAGAACAAAAAGUUGUGUUAUCUUUCUCACACUCCCUGUUUUUCCUAAAGAUACAGUCUUUGUUUAUAACCAGUUCCUAACCAAUCAUAUAAGUCCUUUUCUCCUUCCUGUGUUCAGCCGCCUCAACUCACAAUAAGUAUUUUAAGUCUAUUUGAUAAUUUUAAAAAUUAAUUUUAUUAAUUCCUAAAACAUUGAGGUUCAAGUGGCAAACUACCCAUUUCAACUACAAAUACACAAAUCAAUCAAGUUUUCUUUUUUUUUUCUCCAUUUCAGUCGACCUCCCUCACUGACUGCAGAAAUGGUGUAGGGAAAUGUCCUUGUUUAUGGUGCAGUUGGUUUUUGGCGUUGAAUGGAUAUUGUCAACCAUUUUCCCCAGAACAUUAUAUUGAUUAUCUUUAAGAAGUUAUCCGCAUAUUGUAGCAUCAUCCAUAACUGUGUCCCAAUUCAGGGGGUACAUUAUGGAUAGUAGUAGUAGUAGUAGUAGCAGCUAGGCUAGUCCGUUUCUAUGGUAACGUGCAAUGUCAAAGUUUCGUUGUCAGUUUCUUCUAUUAAAUAUGUCUGUUAACAUUUAGUAUUGCGGAUAUUUUAUCGAAGUAAGAUACUCUAACCUUUUUUUGUUUGGGAGUGUAUUUAAAAUUAGGACAUUAGGGUGACAAUAAAUAGAUUGUGGUUUGACUGAGCACAAUUACUUAGUUGAGAUAUUAGGCUUUAGCUAACUUUUGGCUAGUUUAGCUAUAGCUAGCUAGUUAGCGAGCAUCAUUUCUGAAAAUGGUAGUAUUAUAAAGGUCACCUAACUGAACAAAUAUGGGAAAUAAGAUAUGAUAUUCCCGUAAUUUGGAGCUAUCCAGACACUAAUGACAUUUGCCAGUGUUUUUGUUAAACACUUCAAUUAAACAUUGACAUGGAUAAGACGAAGAUUUGCAGGAACCGGCGCAAUACUAUUAAGACAGAUCUCACUUUGCUGCUGGAGUGUCUCAAGUUUCAGAUGAAAUGCCCCGAUUUACAGAAACAAGCUCUUCUCACUAUUCAUUCAAUCUGCGAAAAGAGAGAGGAUAAUGUGGACCUGCUAAGAGAAAUGGGAGGUGUGGCAUUUGUGUAUAACCUUUCCAAAUCCAGCAUUGUUCAUCCAGAUGUUAAGGAGACUGCACUCUUUACACUUGGCACACUGGCAGAGGCCAACGUCUACUGCAAGAAUUCUCUAUGCAAAAAGGAGACAUUUGCAGACCUUGCUGAUUGUCUAAUGAAAGAAGACAUCCCGCUGAAACAGAAGCGACUCUCUGUUUAUUUGCUGCUUGUGCUGGUAGCCAACAACAAAUUAGGACAGACUUUGGCUCAGACCAGUGGCUGCCUGGACGUGCUACUGAAUCUCUUCAGGGCCACUUUCCCCAUCUCCACUGAAGCCACUUUCAGAGCAGCUAAUGCUACUCAAACUUACCAGCUUUGGACGUCUGUGUCUAGUGCUCUUUGUGGAUGUGUAAACAACCCUCAGAAUGAGGAGGGUCAGCGUAUUUGUGUGGCAGCGUUUCCUGUGAUUAAAAUCUGGCUUCAGCAGCUUACUUUUCCACAGACUGAAAUUUUUCAGCCAAUAUGCACAUUCAUAGCAAUGACAGUGGCCAACAACUCCUGUGUUCAGGAGAGUUUUUCUGCCUGUGGGGGAUUAGAAACUCUCGCUCUUACCCUGGGUCGUCUAGCUUCUGCUGCAGAUACGAGCUUAUUGUCUUGCCAGCUUUCUGUCAUUAUAUCCAAGACUCUGUCAGCUUGCAUCACUGAAAACUCUUCUCUGGCUUCAGGUCUGGCGCAGUAUGGUGUGGUCUUACACCUUUUCUCUUUGCUGGCUAGUCCACACUUGGACCCACAAGACAGGCUUCCUAUUUUACUAAGCCUUGGUUACUGCACUGAGGCCUCUGAGAAGCACCAGUCCCAGCUGAUAUGGUGUGGAGGGCUCCCCAUUAUCAUAACUUUACUCACAGAGGACUCUAGUGAGGAGGUUAGGAGGGCUGCUACAUUCAUAUUGCAAACUUGCAAAAAGGCCACUAUGUGCUCAGGAGUGGGUGAUCUGAUGGCAAAUGAGGAUGAAAAUGUGGAAGCCUCUAAAAACAUUAAGGGGUUCAGGAGUUCAGCCAGAGAAAUGCUACACAGGAUUAACCUCCUAGAGAAGAGAAAGGAUGUCGAGGGUAAUCAGGAAGACACAAAUCUACCAAAUUCAAAUGAGGGGCGGGACCAAAUAUCUCUACCAGCUUUAAAUCUGCCACUGCACAUACCACAAAAGGAGGGUGUUGAAGCUAUCCCCAGAAACAUAACUGAGAGGAGGAAUAAUGGUGAAAACAAGGAAUUGACCUCCGGGUUAAGUUCUGACAAAGAAACCAGUGAAGGUGACGUCAGGUGUUCAAUGUGCAAGGGUACUGGAGUGCUCAUGUCUUCUCAUUUCCUGCCACUAGAGGGAGCCAGUAAGCAACUUGAGGCAAACAGUCAGCGGUUUAAGCCACUAUUUCCAGUGAGGUACACAAAACCAAGUGAGAUUAAGUGUAUUGAAGAGUUACAGCAUACUGAUAUGGAGAACGUGAUCAAAGCCCCAGUCCCUUAUAGUCGAUGUGCUGCCUGUGUGUUACCUUUUGAGGAAGUGACCAGUCACACUUUUGAGUCUCUCCAAAGCUCUUGCCACCAAAGCUGUGACAGGCACAAGUUUCUCAGAGAGGCCACCGAGUGCUUCAAAAUGCAUCACUGCAAGCUCGUGUUUGAGAAGGAGCACCAGGAUGCCGGUGAGGCUGAGAGAUAUUCAACAGCAGAGCCGCAACGAAGCUGCAAAAACUGGACUGGACAUUCUGAAGGUGAACGAAAGGUAAAUAAUAAGAACACUCUGCCAGAACGUCGUUGGAGAAAGCACAAUGGCGUCACAUUGGUUCCACUACAAAGAAGAGCUAAAAAGACAACAUUCGCCUCUCAUAACAGGACUGAUAUUGAGAUGGGAGGGAGGAGUGGUCACCAUAACAGUCAGCUGAAGAUUGACAUAAAUCACAGUUCUACUAAAAGGAAGAGAAAGGACUUCAGCUGUGAGGAGGUGGGCUACCUGCUGUCUGGAGUAAAGACGUAUGGCUUCUCUUGGAACUUAAUCUUGUGGUCAUAUCCCUUCCAGCCUGGGCGCACCAAUGUUGACUUGGCCAAGAAGUAUAGGCGAAUAAUGAAACAUAAGGCCCAGGAUGCCAGCCGUGCAGAUUCUUGAUCCUUCAAAAAACAUUUCAAUAAUUUUUUUAUGAUUUCCAGCAGUCUAUAUUCCUUAUAGUUAUAUUAUACCUGAUGUACUAAUUUUAGUGAUUUGUGGUUUCAAUGCAAAAUUGUCUCAAACCUGUUUGAGUUAUGGUUUGAAAAUGAAAAUAUCGCUGUAGAUGUUAUUUAUUUGUGAUUAUUUGUUCAUGGUUUAUGUUCAUCUGGGAGUUUCUUUGAGAAUGAAUUGUGCCCGAAUGAAAUAGAUAUUAAAAGGUAGAUUUAAGUGAUGCAAAAGCACCUAUUGUAUAAUUACUAUAUCGUACCGUAUAACAGACUAACUGGCCUUUGAACAGUGUGUUCAUAUAGUCGGUAUAAGUAUAGUUUUCAACAUAUUUAUUUUUCUGUAUCAUAACUGUUUUUAGUCCAGGUCAGAUUUACUGUAUGGCAGUUUGGAUAUAACCUGGUCAUUAAAAUGACUGUGGCUUCUUGUUUUUUUAUUUUAUAUGCAUAUUAAAGAAAGUGGUGUCUGUUUCACCAGUUAUUAA